ACCGGAACUGCUGGGCCAACAAUUAGUGACAACCACUGGUCCAUCUAUCUCCUUCUUCGCGACGGUGGUUCAAUGCGCGUCAAUAUGACAGCAGAGACGGGCUACAUCAUUGGGAUCCUAGAAUGGAAAGAGCUUCAGUAUAUAUUGACGACCUCCUCACUCCGGCACUGGGACUAUCCAGUGCUGGGAAACGUUCGUGUCUGCAAUAUCGCAUGGCUCCUUCAUGAAACCAAGCGUAAUCAGUAUGAUAUGUCUGGCGGCGGCUCUGGAUGCAGGUAUUGGGUGUAA